AUGGGUCCUCCUCCGGCUCCCUCCUCCGGUGCUUCCGGCUAUACCGAUUAUAACCAGCAACAGCAGGGACAUCAGCCCAAGCAUGACAACGGAGGCCACGGUCGUGGCCGGGGCGGUCCACCCGGCGGUGGUCACCAACGCCGUCACUCUCUCGCCCUUCCCGAAGCCAAGAAGGCCGCCGAAUUGGCCCAGCAGAAGAGAACCGCGUCCGGUUUCCAGUUUCCCGCUCCCGGUGCGGGUGGCGAGUCGUCCGACAGCGCCGCAGGUUCCGAGGAGAAGCCUUCUACUCCUACCCCUCAGGUUCCCCCGCUGGGAUUCCAGCGCGCCGGCAACAUUCGCGCCGGUGGUCAUGGCCGCAGCCAGUCCAUGGCCGUAGGCGGCAACCGAGGAUCCUUAUCGGGUCGCGGGGCCGGUGGCUUUCAAUUCCCCCAGUCCAACGAUGGAUCUGAGAACCACCGCCGUGGUAGCCAGCCGGGACACACCCGAACCUCUUCCCGCAACUUUGACAGCAACUGGCGUCAACCCAACAACCAGGGUCAGGGCCAGGAUCAGCAAAAGGGUUUCGGUCAGGGCGGUGGCUUCCAGCCUGGUCAUCGUUCCCGCGCCUCUAUGAACCAAUCCAUUGGCUCCAUUGGCCAAUUCCAGUACCCCGGACAGCCUCAACUCAUCCAGCUUCCUCAGGGUCAGGUGAUGAUGGCCCCCCCGCAAAUGUUCGGCGGCGGUCAGCAGUUGAACCCUCUCCAGUUGGCCCAGCUCCAGGCUUUGCAGCAGAAUGGACAGUUGAAUGGACAAGGUCUCGGUCUUCAGGCCAGUCAGCACGCGCCCCCGCAGCUGUCUGCUCAGCAACAGCAGCAGCAGCAGCAACAGCGGAAGACGCUUUUCACCCCCUACCUGCCCCAGGCUAACCUCCCCGCGCUCUUGAGCAACGGCCAACUAGUCGCCGGUAUUCUCCGGGUCAACAAGAAGAACCGCUCCGACGCCUACGUCACCACCCCCGACCUCGAUGCCGACAUUUUCAUCUGCGGUAGUAAGGACCGCAACCGUGCCCUCGAGGGCGAUUACGUCGCCGUCGAAUUGCUUGAUGUGGACGAGGUGUGGUCCCAGAAGAAAGAAAAGGAAGAGAAGAAGAAGCGGAAGGACAUCACCGAUGCCCGGAGUGGCAGCACGGCCGGCACCGAGAAGCUUGGCCGGUCUGAAUCCGGUUCGAAUGGAGACCGCCAGGAAGUCGGUCCGGAUGGCAGCAUCCGUCGUCGCGGCAGUCUUCGCCAGCGACCGACCCAGAAGAAGAACGAUGAUGUGGAGGUGGAAGGCCAGAGCCUUCUGCUCGUGGAGGAAGAUGAGAUCAGCGAUGAGCAGAAGCCUCUAUAUGCCGGUCACAUCGUGGCCGUGAUUGAACGCAUUGCCGGCCAGAUGUUCUCCGGCACUCUCGGGCUCCUUCGUCCCAGUAGCCAGGCGACCAAGGAGAAGCAGGAAGCCGAGCGGCUCGCCAGAGAUGGCGCCCAUGGCCGUUCCCAGCAGGAUCGUCAUCAGGAGAAGCCCAAGAUCGUGUGGUUUAAGCCCACCGACAAGCGCGUUCCCCUGAUUGCCAUCCCCACCGAGCAGGCGCCCCGGGAUUUUGUUGAGAAGCAUCAGGACUACGCCAACCGCAUCUUCGUGGCCUGCAUUAAGCGCUGGCCCAUUACCUCGCUGCAUCCGUUCGGAACUCUGGUCGAGCAAUUGGGUGAGAUGGGUGAUCUGAAGGUGGAAACCGACGCCCUGCUUCGCGACAACAACUUCGGCUCCGACGAGUUCUCCGAGGCCGUGCUUAAGAGCAUCGGCUUCGAAGAUUGGUCCGUCGCCAGCCAGGGCGAGGCUCUUCUGGCCACUCGUCGGGACUUCCGUCAAGAGACCACCUUCACCAUCAGCCCUAGCGGCUCCAAGGAGCUGGACAACGCCUACCACUUCAAGACUCUGCCCGACGGUAAGGUUGAAAUUGGCAUUCACGUCACCGAUAUUGCCCACUUUGUCAAGGCCAAUUCGCUCGUCGAUCGGGAGGCGAAGAAGCGCGGCACGGCAGUCUAUUUGACCGACCGCUUGGUCAACAUGCUACCCCCCCGCGUCUCCACUGAACUUUGCGCUCUCCUUCCCGAUGAAGACCGUUUGACUGUCAGUGUUGUGUUCAAGGCUAACCCGGAAACGGGUGCCGUGGACGACGAUGUCUGGAUCGGCAAGAGCGUUAUCAAGAGCUCGGGAAGACUCAGCUAUGAUGAGGUUGACGCUGUGAUUCAGGGUGGCUCGAACGUUGCUGUCCCAGGCAUCACUGCCGAUACGAUCCGUUCCCUUGCGACUGUGACGUCCAAAUUCCGCGAGGCGCGAUUUGGAAACCGUGCCUCCAACCUGCCGCCUCUCCGCCUCCUGUAUCAGAUGGAUGAUGAGAAUGUGCCGGUCGAGGACAACAUCUUCAACGCAGCCCCCGUGCGCGAGCUUGUGGAGGAGCUGAGCCACAAAGCCAACUUCUUCGUCGCUCGCAAGAUUGUGGCUGCUUUGCCGGACAAGGCUUUCCUCCGCCGUCAGCCGUCUCCCAACCCCCGCCGGCUCAACGCCUUCAUUGACCGGAUGAACCGGCUUGGCUUUGGCUUGGAUGCCACGAGCAGUGGCACUCUGCAGAGCAGCCUUUGUCAGGUUCAGGACGAUGAUCUCCGCAAGGGCAUGGAAACGCUCCUGGUGAAGGCGAUGCAGCGCGCCAAGUAUUUCGUCGCCGGCAGCGUGCCGGAGGACCAGCGCCAACACUACACCCUGAACCUUCCGGUAUACACCCAUUUCACCAACCCUUCCCGUCGCUACACCGACAUCAUUGUUCACCGUCAGCUGGAGUGUGCUCUGUCUGAUGGCACCCUCGAGUUCACGGACGACCUCGAGUCUCUGAACAAGACCGCCGAUUUGUGUAACAACAAGAAAGAUUCCGCCCACAACGCGCAGGAGCAGAGUGUACAUAUCGAGGCCUGCCGCAACAUGGAUAAGAAGAGACAGGAGAUUGGCGGAGACCUCAUCAGCGAGGGUAUCGUGUUGUGCGUCUACGAGUCUGCGUUCGAUGUGCUCAUCCCCGAGUACGGCUUUGAGAAGCGUGUCCAUUGCGAUCAGCUGCCCUUGAAGAAAGCCGAAUACCGCAAGGACACCCGUGUUCUCGAGCUCUACUGGGAGAAGGGGGUGCCAUCGUCAGCCUAUAUCCCCGAAGACGAGCGACCCAAGCCCGCCAACUCCCGUGCGGCUCAGGCCGCCGCUGCGGCGCGUGAAGCCGAAGCUGCGAAGGAGCGUGCGCGCGAACGCGAGGAGGCCAUGCGUAAGCAGACCGAGACCGGCACCAUGUCCGCGGACGAUGUGGAUGCUCUCUUUGAUGAUGACGACGAUGUUUCGGAGGUCACUGAGAUGGCGGCCGGCGUGUCACUGAACUCUUCCGCCGAUCGAUCGACCCAGAGCAUGCCUCCAUCUCCGACCCGCAACGGGCAUCUCCAGCAGGGCCCGCAUCGGACGCGCUCCGACCCCAAGAUUGCCACGAGCACCGGCGACGCCCCGGAGGCCAAGUUGACCAACAAGGAGAAGUACCUUCGACUCUUCCAGCUCCGUGAAGAGGAUGGAGAGUAUAUCCAAGAUGUCACAGAGAUGACCCGCGUCCCCAUCAUUUUGAAGACGGACUUGUCGAAGAGUCCGCCAUGCCUGACUAUUCGCUCCGUGAACCCGUAUGCCCUGUGA